AUGACAGAACCGAAAGACAAGGAGGCACUGGGACUCCUACGUCCGGACAGUGAUCGACAAAAUCCAGACCCUCUGAACGCCAUGUUUCAUGAUCCCGAGUAUAACGCCGGCCAUAUCGACAGAAAGGACUUGAGGUCCGUAUCACCUUUGGAGGUUCCCCUGGGGUCUGAGGCUGAGCAGAAGAAUAUAGGCCACGAUUUCACGGAUGUCCUCAAGGAGCAGAUAGAUCUUCGGCUUGCUUCAAACAACCCUGCUGUGGUAAUGGAGUUGGAUUUGGACGGUAACAUACGGUACAUUCUGAAGAACUGGGAGUUGGUUGUGGGUACCCAAGUCAAGAAGCUUGUGAACAAGCCCAUCCUGAACAUCCUCAUUGGAUCCUCCAGCCAGGAUCUUCAAGUGUUCAAUAAUGCCGUGGAUCAGAUGAUCCAGGACAACGCCUCUUACAAGGUCAAGUUCCUAACUGCUACCAACGAUGUGGAGCAGAAGGAUAUCAACGAUGUGGAGGAAGAAGAUUUGGGCAAAGCUGUGCAUGAAUCAACCACUCCAGACCCAGAAGGAGCUCUAGGAUCUACGGCAGACCAUAAAAGCAGUCCUACUACGUCUGCAACAGGAAGUUUCGAUAAUGCGUCUACAAGCUCUCAGGUAUCCAAUAACGGAGAAGUGAUUGAACUUGAAGCUCAAGGCAUUCUCAUACUUGAUAGCAAAACAAACCUACCGUCGUAUACUAUUUGGACAAUCAAGCCGUUUGUUCACAUAGAAAUGGAUCUUACGAUCCCCGACGCUCUUUUUGACCUACUAGGGUUCGGCUCAGAAAUCUUCGAGGGCUAUCUUAUGAGUCUCAAAGAGGCAGGUAUUAUCGACGAGGAUUCCGUGCCCGAUCCAAAGCUCAUCUUGUGCCACAUUUGUGAGUCCAAUAUUCCAGCGUGGUUUAUAGAGAAACACUCGGACUUGUGCCUUGUCGAACACAGGGUAUCGGAAGAGCUACAAUCGUGCCAUGAUGCUCUUGCCGACCAGCGUGAUUUGAUUGUGAAGGUGUCGGAUAGUCUCUGGCUGCAACAGUUCGAGUCUCACUCGGGCUCUCUGAGCUCCUUACUGACCCUCAGCUCAGGCUCUUCUACAUCAUCGGCAGCGUCUGGUAACGUGUACGAGUACAAGGGCCUUCCACUUCCUUCCAUGAGCUCAGAGGGAUUGUCCCCACGUGGUAGCAUCCCUCUGUUGAAGACCAUCACAAAACACUCGAUACUACGAACAAGGAAAUUUCCCUUCGGCAUACUUCUGCGGCUAGUGGAAUAUUGUGACGAGGCUCUCGACAUCAACCCGGCUGACAAAGAUGAAGAAACUGGAGAACUUCAAUUCUCUCCAAAUACCGAGCGUGCCAUUAGCGCUGUGAUGAAUUGGAAAGCGUUGGAGACAUCAGACCCUGCCAUAAAAAUGAUGGUAGAAGAUACUCAACGGCUGGUCAACGAAAAGAUGGAAUCACUCACCCGACUCAUUUCAAUCAUUCAGUAUGGUGAUAAAAUCAAGCAGGAGGUAGACUUCUUAGUGCUUCAAUCUGUCAAAGAGACUGUCACCAAAAUCAGACAGAAGACUUACCAGCAUGAAAAUCCAGAACACAGACCCAGAACACUCCCUCAGUCUAGACUUCUUGGCGAGCCAUAUGAUAACAAACCAAGAGCUUCCUCAUCAACUUCUCCACAUUCCAUCACUCCUCGAGAUUUACUCAAAGAUAGAGUGAGUCCUCUGAUAGAGGAGAUAACUCGCCUGGUCUCCCGACCAGCGUCAGCUGCUUCCUCUAGCUCCUCACAGACAAGGCAAAGCAGAAGAGAUGUCGAAGAUGCCUUGCGGGAUCUUGAUAUCACGAGACGCCCUCCCGAAUUGGCCUCAGAUGCUUCAACGGUAUCUUCACCAAGACGUCAUCUAUCUCCCGCUCCCUAUACCGAACGUUCCAACUUGAAUUCUUUCCAGAGAAACUUCAUGAACAGAAUGGAGUCUUCACCUUUGAGCUCUCCAUCUAUGACACACUCAGACAUCAAUGACGAAUACCAGGUUCCUCACACUUCCUUGUCUAAGAAACGAACAAGUUCUUCGGGCAGCAACACCCUUCCAACGCUUAUGACAACACAACAAGGUACCCCAACACAGCACGGCAACUCUGGCUUGACACCAGGUCACAACAGAAACAGCUCAUCUUUCUCCAGCAAACCUCCGUUAUCGCCAUUACUUGUCUCGCAGAUGCCGUCGUCAAAACCAUCGACGGGAGGAAUAAAAGACUACGAAAUCAUUAAGGCAAUUAGCAAAGGAGCUUUUGGUGCUGUGUUCUUGGCUAAGAGAAGACUCACCGGUGACUAUGUGGCCAUCAAGUGUCUCAAAAAAAGGGAUAUGAUUGCUAAGAAUCAAGUGCUCAAUGUGCGGUCGGAGCGAGCAGUAAUGAUGAAGCAAACUGAUUCCCCAUACGUUGCUCAGCUAUACAGUAGUUUCCAAACCAAGGAUUACUUGUAUUUGGUGAUGGAGUAUUUAAAUGGUGGUGACUGUGCCACAUUGCUCAAGAUGUUGGGCACUUUGGGAGACAAGUGGGCAAAGAGAUAUAUUGCUGAGGUUAUUGUGGGCGUCAAUGAUUUACACACGAGAGGUAUCAUCCACAGAGAUUUGAAGCCAGAUAAUCUCUUGAUUGACAGCACGGGGCACCUUAAGCUUACAGAUUUCGGCUUAUCAAGAAUCGGUGUGGUUGGAAGACAUACGGCACAGCACAGAAAAAGCUCUAGUUCAGAACAUGCUAUUGAGCUCUUCAGGAAGACGUACGUCAUCAGUGACUCCAUUUUCCUUGUCUCCAACCUUGGAUCAUCUCAAACACAAACCAAGCACAAGCUCAACCCUUCCCAUCAAUCCAACGAAGAUAAAAGGUCAGGGUCAAUACUCAAGUCGAGCGGUACUAGAUCGGGAUCAAGUAGCAGUGGGGUGGACUCACCUGGGUUGAAACCGUCUCUUCCGAGAACAUCAUCCGAGUCUUCAUUUGCUAUCGUGGACGAUGAUUUUCAGUACAGCCCACAGCAGAAUGACAACAACAUAAGCUCCUUCGCUCUCUAUAACCCUGAGGAUGAAGGCGAAGUCAAGAAGUUUGUGGGAACCCCGGAUUAUCUCUCCCUGAAACUAUCACUGGUGAUAAACAGGGCGAAUACUCGGAUUGGUGUAUUCAAAAAUAUUUUAAACGGUGACAUCGACUGGCCUCCCUUGCCAGAAGACGAAGAGAAAGAAAUCUGUCCACCAGAAGCAAAAGACUUGAUCAAGAGACUCUUGGUAUUAAACUACGAGGACCGUUUAGGAUUUAAUGGCGCAGACGAGAUCAAGCAGCAUCCAUACUUCCGUCAAAUCAAUUGGGACACAUUAUAUUCUGAGCUGCCGGAUUCCUUCGUCCCAAUGGUAGAUGACCCAGAAUCGACCGAUUAUUUUGAUGCCAGGGGUGCUGAUAUGUCACACUUCCCGAUUGAGGACGAGGACGCAACAGUGGACGAUGAAAGGGUUCCAUCCUCAGCAAAGGAGCUUGAAACACACGAGGGCUACUUUGACUCCAACCCUCGCCUCAACAUCUCUCUUUACCAGGCUCACCAAUGCUCGCUAGCGGAUACCAGUGAAUUUGGAUCGUUCCAUUUCCGAAACCUUAAUGUGCUCGAGCGUGCAAACAAGGAUGUCAUCAACAGGUUGAAGAAUGAGCAUCUCGAGCACAGGAAUAGCUUCUCUUCUUCCUCCUCAGAGUCUACACCGUUAGGGCAAACCAAGUCAAGAGGACUGUCUAUUUCUUCAGCGAUUGUCAAUCCAGGCAGUCCAUUCAAGCGUCCAGUAUCUCCAGUUGGUAAUCGGUCGCAAUCACCGGUGAGAGACAAGAGUAGCUCUGGUUCGAUAAAGAAGGAUAGCACAGGAUCACUUAAAAGAGAAAGUUCUGGGAAGAGCAGCAUUGGGUCUACCAGAACACUCGAAGAACGGACACUUUCCACUAGACAAAGCGCUUCCUCAUUAGCCAGAAACAUACUUCAAAGAAAUACUGGCGAUGUUCUUUACUCUCCCCAGCAUCUGACCAAGAGGAUAGCUCCUCUGCCCUUUCCAGAUCUCAGGAAAUGUCAUAUCCCAGAUGAAUCUAUGAGGUUUGGAGGAAGUGAGCUAGACGUGCUAUAUUGCGAGCCCAUCCCCAUCGUUAGACACACUGUGGGCAAGCUUAUUGAGAAGCAGGGCUGCGUGGUGCUCUCUAUAUCUGAUGGUGAUGACCUCAUCAGGAGGGCUACUAGUCAAGUGAAAUUUGACUUGAUUUUCACUGCACUCAAAUUGCCUAAGGUUGAUGCUAUCGAUGCCGUCAAAUUAAUCAGGUACACCAAUGGUAUCAAUAGCGACACGCCAGUGAUUGCGGUGACCGGUUAUGCAAAAGAAGCGCACGAUGUGAACAUGUUUGACGCCAUUUUGGAGAAGCCAAUUGAUUCAAAUCAAAUUAGAGGUGUUAUUGACAAAUUCCAAUGCCACGAUGUGGCUGUCGAGUCCGAUCCUGAGGACUGA